AUGGUUCGAGUACAUGGAGGAGGACCGAUCGAAGACAUCGUCUUCUGGUCGGUGAAUCUCCCGGAUGACUCUGCAGAACUACCGCCUACCAAGGAGCUGCAGAAACUUGUCAGUUACGGCAGGUCUCACAAGCUGCCGCUUAUCAUAGGCUGCGAUGCAAAGUCGUACCAUGUUGUAUGGGAGAGCAACAAGAACAACAACAGAGGAACAGCCCAGUGCCAGUGUGUCAUUGACAUUACACUGUGCGAUAGCAGACUGGUGGACUGGUGCGUGAACUGGAGAGUGAAUUAUGAGGAUUCACUCUCUGAUCACCGACGCAAAAAGUUUGAAAUCAGAGGCAUUGCUGUGACGGAGCAGGGACUCAUGCGUAAGAAUUCCAAGGCUACCGACUGGAGCUCUUGCAGAAGGGAACUGAAGGAAAGGCUGGAUGAACGAUGUGUGAGGCCCAGGAAUACGGACAGGUUAGAGGACGAAGUGGAGAGAAUUUAUAGGGCCCUAACUGAGUCCUUCCAGACAGCCUGCCCGAUCAAACAGGGGAGUAACGUCAUGUGGAGGAAUCGAGAACUCGGAAGGCAACAAGGACUGACCAGGCGUCGCUGGAACCAAGCGUUCGGCCCUAAUAGCGAUGAGGACUGGACUCAGGAUAGGAAAGUACAAAAGGUGUUCAAAAACCACAUCAAGAAAUCGAAGGGUUAA